AUGAGUACAGUAGUGAUAGCGAUUAUUGGCGGAACAGGGUUAGAUGACCCUACGAUCGUGGCGAACAGAGAAGAGCUAGAAAACAUAGAGAAUACGCCUUGGGGACACCCUUCGACCAUUUUUAAAGGAGAAGUCAAUGGAGAGACGGUCUUCAUUCUCUCCAGACAUGGCAGAUUGCACAACAAGUCUCCCAGCCAAGUGAAUUAUUGUGCGAACUUGUGGGCACUGAAGCGGCUCGGGGUGACGCACAUUGUAGCGACUACAGCUUGUGGAAGCUUGAAGGAGGAGUACAGGCCGGGCGAUUUGGUAGUCUUAUCAGACUAUAUUGACAUGACCAAGGGUUACAGGUUGAAUACGCAUGUUGGAACUGCCAUCGAAAAUGGAGGACCCAGAGGAAUUAUUCAUCUGCCGUCAAAACCAGCAUUCGAUGAAGAUUUACGAGAGAUUCUGAUAGAGUCUCUUCGCGAAAGUGGGGUUGAACACAAAACGAGAGGAACGACAGUUUGCAUCGAAGGACCCAGAUUCUCGACUUUUGCGGAAUCUUGCGUUUUUAGAAAUGUUUACAACGCAGAAAUUGUCAAUAUGACAACGUGUCCUGAAGCGUCAAUUGCUCGAGAAAUGGGAAUGCAGUAUGCAUCGAUGGCAAUGGUGACCGAUUAUGAUUGA